AUUGACUCUGCUGCAAAUGUUUCUCAGGUUAAUAGAUUGGGCAUGGCUGCAUUAAGCACAAGUGCAUCCCUUUAUUCAUUAAAGAAUAAAGUGAAGAGUGUACCGUGUUCUUACAGUGAAGUGACUAUGCAAAGCAAAUCUCAUGAUAAUGAGCAACUUUGCAAAAACAGUGAACACUGGAAGAAAAACUUGAGGAAAAAAAUGAAAAAUCUUGGCAAAGCAUAUAUUAUGCAGAAUGGCAAAGAAGUUAAGGGCAAAAUAUAUAAACAAGUAAUGCAGUGUUGCAGUUUUAAAUGUUUUCAAAAUUUUAGCUCUGAUAAUCAGAAAAGAAUAUUUUCUGAGUUUUGGAAUAUGGGGGAUUGGAAUAAACAGACUAAAUUCCUAUGGGAGUAUAUUAACAUUGUAAAGGCUGUAAGGAAAACUACAAAUUCAACUUCCAGACGAGUUCACACCAGGCAGUUUUACUUGCCCAAUUUACAAAAUAAAAGCAAAGUUUGCAAAAAAAUGUUUAUGUCUGUACUACAAAUAUCAAAUGGGAGAAUAAAUUAUACACUUAAUAAAAAAUUAGUUGCUAGUCCUAAUGAGGAGCCAAAAGAUAAGAGAGGUCUUAACACUCCUGCCAACAAGACAUCAGAAGCUGCUAUUCAUAUAGCCAAACUAUAUAUUCGCUCCUUACCUCAUAAUCAAGUUUAUCAGGAAAAAAAGGCCAAGAGUUCUCUUCUUCAGGGAGUAACUAUUAAGAAAACCCAUGCUGUGUAUAAACAGUUUUGUAUAGAGACCAGAAAACCCAUAGUCAGUAUUAAAGUAUUUAGGAAGUUAUUACCAAGAAGUAGAAAAGAAGAAUUUUUUAAUGUCUCUUCACCACCUGAACUACAAGAAAAUAAAAUAGACAACUAUUCAUGUAUUGUGCAGACUGACAAAAAACAGUCAUUUCAAGGAAGCUGUAAAUUAUCUGCAGACCCUACAUCUGUCGGCUAUAAGGAGGCACAUUCCAAGGGAACAACAUGUCUUAGGAUGACCAAAGGACACAAGAUAUCAAAAGUGACUGAGGGUCAAUUAUCAAACACUACAUAUUAUCAAAGCACUCCGCAGAGUGCAAAUAAUAACCCUUCGAGACAAAACCAUGCUGGAAAGUUGAGCAUUCAUAACCUGCGUAAACAGCUUCGUAAUGAAGGAAAGAGUUAUGUGGCUUCAUCAGGAAAAAUUGUUUGGGGAAAGGAAUUUUUACCACAGUAUACCUGUUGUAAUAAUAAAUGUCAUGAGUUUAUGCCAGUUGAACAACAAGAAAUUUUAUUUAGGCAGUACUGGGCACUGGGUACAUGGAAUCUUCAAACUAAGUUUCUUUGGGAUCAUAUAGAGAUCAAGGGCACAAUUGCAAAAACCUCCCAGAAAGCAGUGUCACGUCGUGUGCACACUAGAAUAUAUUUUUUGCCUAACUUUGAAGGAAUAAAGAAAAAAGUUUGUAAAAUUUUAUUUUGUUCUGUACUUCAGAUAUCCAAUGGUAGAUUAUCUCGGGCAGUGAAUCAUAAAGCAAUUAAUCCAACAGAUGUUCCUGAAGAUAAACGAGAUAUUGGUGCUAAUCUGACUGAUGACAUGUACCAAGGAGUUUAUCAUGGAAGCAAGAAGCAUGAAGCUGACCUGGAACUUGUUUUGAAGAGAGCAUGGGAUGUUGGAUUAAGUAAAGUAAUAAUAACAGGGACUAGUCUUUCUGACACCAAGACAGCUUUACAACUUGCCAAAACCAAUGGGACAGCAUCGUGGAGUUCGACCGCGAGGCAGCUGUCAGGUGUGCCACAGGCAGUGUGUACUCAGUUCCUCAAGCUUCAACAUCCGUGCACACGAGGGCCUGGGAUCUUCAAUCAACUUGGCGUCCACCAGGACGCUGACAUGUCCCUAGGGGAGCUCUUCAUCGGGCUGCUAACGGAGUCACUGGCUUCUUGGACCUCUUGGGGAGGGUCGAUGGUGCUCGUGCAAGCAGCAGAUCCCAGGGCAACUUGCUGCUGUUUGCAAUGGCUGUCUACCGAGGAGAGACAGGCACCUAGCAACAUCUGUUGUUAGGGCAAUGGAUGAAUUCCCUGCUAUGUUUGUUUACUGCUCAUUACUCUGUAAUUUGUCUAUGAUUGUAAUCAUGUGAUAACGUGUUUAUCAUUCAUUACCUUUGAAACUUGUCAUGAUUGUGACCAGCUCUACCUGGAGCUCAUUACCUUUGUAAAUUCUCAUGAUUAAUGUGUUUAUGAUUCAUUACCUUUGCAAUUAUUCAUGAGUGUGACCAGCUCUACCUGGAGCUCAUUACCUUUGUAACUUGGUCAUGAUUAUGACCAGAUCUAGUUCAUUACCUUUGUAACUUGCUCAGCUAUCAAAACUUUGGAGUCCAGUCCCUGGACCAAUUAUGUACCUCUGUAAUCUUUUGACUACCGCCCACAGGAUGGGUAUGGGGUGCAUAAUAAACAUAUUAAACUAAACUAAACUUCCAUCUCUCUUCCUCCUCUGCAGCAAUAUUCUGAGCUGCAGUCUGUUGCUGUUCCAGCUGAAGCUCUUGCAGCUCCUCAGUGGUUAGCUCUUCGUUGUGGUUCUCCAACUCUUCCACAUCCUCUCAACUCACAUCCAACCCUAUGGAACUCCCCAAUGCCACAAUAGAUUCCACAACUGCAAUAGGCUCGUCAGGGUCAGCCCCAAACCCUUCAAAAUCCCUCUUGUGGACACAAUCUGGUCACAAUUUUCUCCAAGCAGAGUUCAAAGUCCUGGUAGUCACUCCCUCCCAAGCCUUACCUAUAAGGCUUAUGCAAUGGAGGAUACUGAAGUGAUCUUUCCAAAACUCUCUUAGGGUCAAGUGAGUGUCAGAGGUCAUAUUAAAGCACCUUUGAAACAUUGCUUUGGUGUAGAGAUUUUUAAAGUUUG